CGAUUCAACGGUCCAGAUUGCAAAGGAUCCUCCCAUCCCAUGAAUGACAGAAUGAGCGAGGUAGCCCAAACAGAAAUUUUGGCCCAUUCGAGACGGCCUACUGUUGUGGUCCAGUGAUCCAGUCUGCGUCUCUUUCCCCGUCGUGGUGGGUUCCGAUCCAAUCGACGUCGACGACUCCGCAGCCACCGCUCCUCUCCUCUCGUCGCUUCUUCUAUCUCUCGGCGUCGAAUCUCAUCCGGCCAGUGACCACACUCUACUAGCCGCCCGGAAGGAGUUCUUCCGGGAUUCGAGCCGUUGCUGCCCUCACCUCUGCAGGCCCAGCGUCGAGCGGAGAUCCAAUCGGAAAUUGAACUGACUUCAUCUUUUGUCGGUACUGCAGAACAUCGCAGCUCGCACAUCCCAGUCAGGAGAAGCAAUGUCAGGAGUGAUCACAAAGUUCGCGGUUACAUCCAUGGUGAUGUGGAUGGCCCCUGUUGCGAUCAUGUAUGGGUUUUACUACCAGGUGUUUCCAGGUGUGAGUCAGAUGUCAUCCUCGGCGCAGACACUUGCCAGUGGGUUCCUGGCUGUCAUAUCAGUUAAUCUAGUGAUCGGCUUUUACAUAUUCAUGGCGAUGAAGGAGACUCCACACCAAGAGCCACAGCCAGAUCCCACCUUCCUGGAGAAAGCCAAAGCGAGUAUCAACCAGCCAACAUCCUCUCGAGUGAGUGAUGAUUCCAAGGGGAAGGGAAAGGUCGAGUAAGCUGUAGCAUGUUGGCUUAGGUCUCGUGUAUGUUAAGUGCAUGUUAUUUAGGAGGAAUAGUUAUGCCACACCAUCACAAGGACCGCAACCUUUCACAAUUUAUGAUUUUGCUGUAAAUCUUGACAGUUAUGGCUAUGGAGCAAUAUGAAGUUGAACCUUUUGUACCUAUUUGAUUUGGAAACUCUGUUCAAUGUUGUUUUAGUCAGGAUACUCAUCAGAACUACUGCUGGUUGUA